CAACAGGGGACAGGAACAGCAAGCGAGCAAAACAGAGAAAGACAGGCACAGAUGGGGAUAGAGUGUUGAUUUGGAUUAACACAGGAGCAGAAAUUGAACAAAACCAAGUAAAAAAGGAAACAGACAAAAAAAGCAACAUGAAUUAAAAUACAAAAGACACAGUGGGAGGUUGAGAGACAAUAGAAGGAUAUACAGAGCAAGAGAGACAGUGAGAGAGAAAGAAAGAGAGGGAGAGAGAAGCAGAGCUCCCUAACUCUAGUGAUUCCCAGACUGGCUGGCUGGUAGUACACUCUGUGCUCUGAUGUGCCUGCUCUGAUGGGGUUUCAUGCCCAUGCAGAGUGUGCUGGGGAUCCUGAGGGCAAUACAGUUUUUCUGCUGCUGAUCUCAGCCUCUCUAAUUCCUACCUACUGACCAGAUCACCCUACAGAGGUAGGAGUCAGGACCUUACUCACGGCUAAUGGAUCAACCAGUGACAGUCACUAGAAUCCAAAAAGGGAGCUAAAAGAAAACCAAACACAAGCGGCCCAAGGACGACUGGCAGAUAUGAGAGUGACACUGGCCUGUGCCAUCCUCUGCUUCCUCUCUUUGUCACAUGCCUGUCCAAAGGAGUGUAGCUGCAACAGCAACAGCAAAGUAGUAGACUGCCGAGGUCGAGGCCUAUAUGACAUCCCCCGAAAACUGCAUCCAGACACCCAAGAACUGUAUCUUCAAGAUAACCGCAUCAGGGGGUUGGGAUCAAUGGCUUUCAGAGAAAUACCCUUCGUCCGAAUUCUUGAUCUAUCUAAUAAUUCCGUAACAUCUGUUUCACCAACGGCCCUGCUGGGUCUCCGGUCUCUACAGCACCUCAGUUUGGCCUACAACAGCCUGAGGGAGCUUGACAAGAGGUUGCUUGGACCGAUCCACUCUCUUUCACACCUUGACCUCUCACACAAUAGCCUGUGGGGUUUGCCUGGAGCCAUGGGGGACAGCUUGAGGAACCUUAGCCACCUGGGGCUAGCACACAACCGGUUAACACGGUUAGACCGCUCCCUGUUAGAGACCCUGACCCAUCUGGACAGCCUCACACUACAAGGCAACCCCUGGAGGUGUGACUGCCAGCUCAUAGGCCUCAAACUUUGGCUGGAGACCUACCUCUUUAAAGGUGGAGUGGUGGAUGAGGUGCUUUGUUCCCAGCCAGAAGAAAUGAGGGACAGAGACCUGCAGAAAGUCCCUUACCAGCUCUUUCAUGCCUGCAUGACAACAAGUUACCACUACUUGUUUGCCAACAUACACCACCUGGAGUCUGAGAGGCGACUGCGAGGUCACACCCAUGGCAACCAUGCUCAUCCCUCUAGCCACACUCUCCAUGUCCCCAUGGCAAUAGGGGAGGGCUUUGGUGGAGGGGGAGGAGGGGGAGGAGGAGGGAGUGUACCCGAGUGUGAAACUAAGCAGAAGCAGCGGCCUGUCAACUUGCGCCAUGCUAUUGCCACAGUAAUCAUCACCGGCGUAGUGUGUGGGAUCGUGUGUCUGAUGAUGCUGGUUGCAGCAGUGUACGGCUGUGCGUAUGCUGCUAUCAUGGCCAAAUACCAGAGGGAGCUAAAGAAGAACGAGGAGCUAGCAGCAGCGCAGGGGGCAGAUCAUGCCACAGCAGAUGAAAAAGAGCCACUGGAGAAUGCUAUUGCUUAGGAGAUGAUAAAAUGAACUUUGGGCCUCAACCCUUUAACCUAAUUGUCUCUGGAUGCCACGUGUGUGUGCUUGUGUGUGCAUGUUUGUGAGAACAAAAGAAGAGAGUGCAUUUCUGUAUGUGUAUGUUUACCUCAUUUCUGAGACUUGGGUAGCUAAAUUCCACAGGUAUUUGACUAUGCACUGAUGAGAGUAUGUUCUACUGUAUGCGGGUUUGAGGGGCAGGCCAAAGAAUUCAAACACAUCACAGAUAGAAAUAAACUGCUAUAUAUUUAUAAUUUCGUAUUUGUAGGUAUAAUAGUAGAGGUCUUGUAUUUAAAAAAAUAGAUGUCAGAAAUCGGUUCAUUGCUCAGAGUUUGAUUUUGAAGUAAUUUUGAAAAUUCAUUGUUGGCAGCUGCUAUCAGUUCAACUCCAAGUUGUUUGUACCAUUAACGUGAGUGUAUGAGAACAAGAUGAAAGUGUUUGUGUCAGUGCUCGAGUGUGUGUGGAGACGUAUACUGAAUGCACAUAUUUAUAGAGAAUUUAAGAGUCUGUGCCUGAUAAUGUGAUCGAGCUCUGAAGAGAAAACCUUUCUAAAAGGAUAUUUUUCUGAUUAAUGAUAGAUUUUUCUGGAUAAAGAUGGAUAAUUUAUUGAAGCAAUAAUGAAGCAAGCUAAAACUACACCAACAAAACUUGGCCUUGUUGUUUUUCUAUGAGGUUUUAAGUCUGAAUCAUCCUGCUGCAAAAGUCACACCCACAGACAAACUUUUAGAACUACAGUUUUUGAGAUCAGUCGAGUCUCAGUUGUGAGCUAAUGUUGAUUACAUAACUGAAGUCAUGUCCAUCAGUAUCUAUUAUAUAAAAUAAAGGGAAAUAUUUUAUGUGAUUACUAUAUGUAUACAGCAAUUAAUUUGAAAAGACAUGCAUCCUUUAUUGAGAAAAAAUAUUUUAAAAACAAGUAUUUAUGAAUAAAUAAGUGAAUCCUACUCUUAGAGAGCACUUCUCUAAAUGUCUAUGUGAGUAAACAGUACAUAGUGUUUUACGGUAAACAAGACAUUCUGCCACCUUGAUAUGAAAAUCAGUGCUCAGUUCUGGAAACCCAGUCACAUAUUAUGUAGCCCUACAACCCUUGGUCAAGAAACAAGUACUGAUACCAAUUCCUCUAAAAAACCAAGAAAAUGCUCCUCAUUUAAAGUGCCACAGUGGUAAUCAUGAAAUUAGUGGCCAUUGGAUGAGAAUUUUGCCCCUCAAGUGCUGGCACAGUGACAUUAAGCAGAGAUGUGGCGAUUUGCAAUUUUAUUGGCUGAUUCCAGUUUUCAGUUCUUUUUAAAGUAUGUUUUAUUUGGUGUUUUACCAUGGGUUUGAUACACUGUGAAUAUGCAUGGAUUUGAAGUGCAGCCAGUAAUUUCCUCAUUAUGUACUGUUUGUCAAAGAUCUGGAUGUUGUUUUCCCUUCUCCAAGGAGUUUCUGUGUGAUCCUCUGUGUGGUUUUGUACACCAAGCACAAGUGAACAUGCACCCGUUACAGACACAAGAGCGAGGCUUGCGUGCACAAGCUAUGCUUUCAGUCUGUGCCACCGUGUGCGCCAUAUGAACCAGUGUAUGUGUAAAUACUGUGCUAUUAAUUUAAUAAUAUUCUACCUGUGAGAGAUAAAUUUGAAGAUACGAUGUUUCUAUUUCUGAUGAGAUAAUGUACGAUGGUACCAUUUCAAGAAAAUUCUAAAGUAUUAUAUAAUGUA